CCUCCCGUCGUGCACCGGGGCACCGGCUGCUCACCCGGAAGAAGAAGCCGGGAUCGAACUGUACGGUGCGGUGCUGGUGGUGUCGCUGUGGAGAGCUGCUGCUGCUGCUCUCAGGAGCCAGCCCGCAUCAUUUGUUGGCAGUACAUAUUGGCUGAAGUCAGUUUUCAUUUCAAGAUGUUCUCUUCCGAUGGGCUUUUGGCAUAGGAUGUUGGAGAACCAGGAGCUGGAGGAGGUGAUCACGGUGCGAGUUCAGGACCCCAGGGUGCAGAAUGAAGGCUCCUGGAAUUCUUACGUGGAUUAUAAGAUAUUCCUCCAUACGAACAGCAAGGCCUUCACUGCCAAGACCUCCUGUGUGCGACGGCGCUACCGUGAGUUUGUGUGGCUGAGGAAGCAGCUACAGAGGAACGCCGGCUUGGUGCCUGUUCCGGAACUUCCUGGGAAGUCCACUUUCUUUGGCAGCUCUGAUGAGUUCAUUGAGAAGCGACGUCAAGGUCUCCAGCAUUUCCUAGAAAAGGUCCUGCAGAGCGUGGUUCUUCUGUCAGACAGUCAGUUGCAUCUCUUCCUCCAAAGCCAGCUCUCAGUGCCCGAGAUUGAAGCUUGUGUCCAGGGCCGGGGCUCCAUGACAGUGUCUGACGCCAUUCUUUCCUAUGCUAUGUCGAACUGUGGCUGGGCCCAGGAGGAGAGGCAGAGCACCUCUCACCUGGCUAAAGGAGACCAGCUUAACAGUUGCUGCUUUCUUCCAAGGUCAGGGAGGAAGGACUCCCCAUCACCACCUCUCAGUGAAGAGAAGGAGCACUUAGAAACGUGGGCUCCAGUGAUCGACUCUGAGGGCCCAUCCGUAGAAAGCCCCAUGCCGCUGCCCAGCUCUUCGCCAGCCUGCUGUGAUCCUGCAAGACCCGAUGAGGGACUCUCUGUGUCCCAGCCUUCGAGAAGGACUGUGACAGUGGACCAUUCUGUGCCUUUGGAUCCUGGUCAGCUAGACACAGUGUGGGGAAAGUGAGCUGGGGCUGAUCUCUGUGUUCUUCUGGAUGGGGUGGGGGAAGAUACAGCUCAUUGUCACAUUCAGGUGGGACUGGGGACAGGGCAGGUGUAGGGGAAGUCAGGUCGCUGAACAUCUUUCAUUCAGAUCUACUCAGGUUGGUUAUGCAGAGGUUGUGGCUGCCUGCUAUAUCUCCUUCAUGGGAGUAAAGGCCACACUGGUGUUUGUGAGUUAAGCACGGGCCCAGAAGCAGUUGGUUUUAAAUAGAACUGUCUUUGCUUUCCCAGGAGGUGAGUUUCUUCAGGUGUUUGUUUAAGGAGAACAGCCACAGGGGAAUAGUUUGAGGAACCCCUUCAUGGCAGAUUUCUAGCUGCCAGAUUGAACACUGUCCCAACAGAAAGUUUCUAUUGUUCUUUUCCCUUCGUGGCAGCCUUCAAUUUUUGCUGCAGCCCCUGGAGCAAGCAUUUUGGUUGUGGGAGACUGACCUCUUGCCUGCCUCCUUGUGUGGACAGAGUGGUGAAGGUGUGGUCCCCACCUCCCUGCCUUUCGGUAAAUAGCCACGCCACGAUGUGACUGACUAUUUGUUGAGGUUUCCAGCAUCUUCCAAGACCUUGCCAGGCUGAGUGGGGCCUGAGAGCUUGCAGGCACUUAAAGCCUCCACAGCCUGAGGGACAGGAACAGGUCGGAGGUGUUGCUGUGGCAGAGGCUUAUAGAGCAGAGCUGGUGUUUCUGCAGGGUUAAAGUGGGCUCCCUCCUUUUUUUUCCAUCCUUUUCCUCUCUUAGUAACAACUCCUUGCCCCCAGGCCUUUGGCUACCAGGGCUUACUGCUACAUUCCUGGGAAGGCGCAGUCAGUGGGGCACGCAGGCUUUGUUUCAGCCUGGAAGUGAGGACUCCGGGGAUGGAGAUAAGGAGCCAUAAGCUCUCUUUCAGGCAGUGUGGCUCAUGUCUCCUACUGCUGAAAUCUGCAGAGAGCAUGGGCUGCUAGCUGGAGGGCUGGGGCGGGCUGUGUGCCGGGCUCACCUUGUGGCUGCUGUUCUGCUCUUAGCUUUGUGUGUGUUUCUCUCCCUCUGGCCAUCCACCCCGGCUGUGGGGUCCACCCCGGCUGGCUGUGGGGUCCACCCCGGCUGUGGUACUACUGGCCUACAUUGUGGGACUGUCAUGGCAUUUAGUUGAGAGUUGAGGGGCUUUGGCUUGAAAUAAAAUGCAAGUAUUUAAGACUGUUGUUGCAAUUUGUGUCUAACAAGGUGUAGCAGGAAAGGAGGGGUGAGAGCUGGCAGGAGUUACUUUCAUAAAUCAUGAAUUUAUCAGUGUGGAAAUAACGCCAUAGAACUGUGCACUGGAGCUCUCCUGCUUCGUGUGAGAGACUCAGGUUCACCACUGCAGGAGGGACGGUUUUCUAGAAGCUAGGAUGCGGCUCUUCUUACAGAUCUGGGCAUGAACCUUGUUAGGUAUAAUUUACCUGAUGCUGUUUCCAUCUUCGAAGCCUGUCUGAGGUGCCAGGUGCUAAAAGAGAAAUAAAGUUUGUCAACAGGCAGAUGCAAA